UUAAGACGGGUUGUCAUACUGUUCUACCGACUGAAGGGAACAUUUGUCAAAUAGAAGAUAAAUAUAAAUCAAAUUUUAAGAAUGUUUUCUACCAGUUCUAGAAUACUAAGGACAUUUUCAUAUCAAAAUUUGAAAGGGAUGCUUAGAAUUAUAACUUUAUUAUCGGUACUUGUUGGUGUUCAUUUAGCAACGACACCAACGAAGUCACCGGAAUGGGAGGGAACAACUGAUAUUCCUGAGGAGAUUGAGGUUGGCGAAGAUGUCACAACAAAUAAUUCUUCAAUACCCACUACACCACUUGCCAAUGAUCCAAUAGAACAGAACGAUUUUUACAAUCCCACCAGACGUCCUCCGAAUGUUAACAGUAAGACACCAAAACCACCGGUUAAAAACAUUCCAAUGACAACUGUUAAAAGUACAGAAAAGACGACAUUACAACCAACAGAACCAACAGAAGCAGUGGAAACAGAAGUUGAAUUCGAAGCAGAAGGAACAACUGGUGGGAACGUAACAACUGACAGUAAUCUACAAAGAAAAAAUACCGGCAGUUGUCCUCCCUUGCAUGAUGCUGUUGUGGAACAUCAUGUCAUAUUGAGGCAUGGAGAGUGUGAAAUUGUGAUAUCUCAAGACGAUUCUAUCCGAUGGUUUAAUAUGCCUGGAAAAAGUCCCCCAAGUGUAUUCGUUCGUCACAUCAACACCUGAUUUCAGCUGGCUAUGGUGGUACUUUUCAAAGAAAUAAUAAAAACAUAAAUUGGUUGUGAUUCUUAAAAGGAAAAAAAAACUAGAUGAACGCUUAUGU